AGAACUCUGCGAUGGGCUGGCAGGAGUCCAUUGGGCUGGGCAGGCAGGUUCGGCUGGUGCUGCUGGGGAGGAGGAGGAGGAGGCUGCCGCUGGUGACGGUGGCUGUCCUCUCCGCAGGUCUGUGACGAGCCGCGCCACCGCGCCCGGGCGGACGGACGCCGGCGACUCGCGCCAUGGACGGUAGCUGCCUCAACGCCACCACCAAGAUGCUAGCGGCCGCUCCGGCUCGGGGCAACGUGAUGGGCGCCUCCAAACCCUUGGCUUUCUCCAUCGAGCGGAUCAUGGCGCGCACCCCGGAGCCGAAGGCCCUGCCGGUCCCCCACUUCCUGCAGGGGAGCGUGCCCAAGGGGGACCCCAAGCAUUCUCUGCACCUCAACUCGUCGAUCCCCUGCAUGAUCCCCUUCGUCCCCGUGGCCUACGACACGAACUCCAAAGCGGGGGCCAACGGCUCCGAGCCCCGCAAGGCGAGCCUGGAGACCCCCGCGCCGCCCGCCGCGGCGCCCUCGGCGCCCGCCUUCAGCUGCAGCGACCUGCUCAACUGCGCGCUGAGCCUCAAGGGCGACCUGGCCCGCGACGCGCUGCCGCUGCAGCAGUACAAGCUGGUGAGGCCGCGCGUGGUCAACCACUCGUCGUUCCACGCCAUGGGCGCCCUGUGCUACCUGAACCGAGGGGACGGCCCGUGCCACCCCGCGGCGGGCGUCAACAUCCACCCGGUGGCCUCCUACUUCCUCAGCUCCCCACUGCACCCACAGCCAAAAACCUACUUAGCCGAAAGAAAUAAACUCGUUGUCCCGGCGGUGGAGAAGCUCCCUUCCGGGGUAGCUUUCAAAGACCUCUCCCAGGCUCAGCUGCAGCAUUACAUGAAGGAGAGCGCCCAACUUUUGUCGGAGAAAAUCGCGUUCAAAGCCUCAGAUUUCAGCCGGGGCUCUCCUAACGCCAAACCUAAAGUUUUCACUUGCGAGGUCUGCGGAAAGGUCUUUAAUGCGCACUAUAACUUAACCCGUCACAUGCCGGUACACACCGGAGCCAGACCCUUCGUUUGCAAAGUGUGCGGAAAAGGUUUCCGGCAGGCCAGCACCCUUUGCAGGCACAAGAUCAUUCACACACAGGAAAAACCUCACAAAUGCAACCAGUGCGGUAAAGCAUUUAACAGAAGUUCCACGUUAAACACACACACCCGAAUUCACGCAGGCUACAAACCAUUCGUGUGUGAGUUCUGUGGCAAAGGAUUUCAUCAAAAAGGGAAUUACAAGAACCACAAGCUGACCCACAGCGGGGAGAAGCAGUUCAAGUGCAGUAUCUGCAACAAGGCCUUCCACCAGGUCUACAACCUCACCUUCCACAUGCACACCCACAACGACAAGAAGCCUUUCACCUGCCCCACGUGCGGCAAGGGCUUCUGCAGGAACUUUGACCUCAAGAAGCACGUCCGCAAGCUGCACGACAGCAGCCUGGGGCUGACCCGCGCGCCCAUGGGGGAGCCAGGCAGCGAGCAGCCGGCCCAGCUGCCGCAGCCGCAGCCCGGACCUCUGCCGCCCACGCUGCAGCCCGCGCUGCCGCCUCCCGGGCCUCUGCAACCCGGGCUUCACCAAGGCCGCCAGUGAGGGGGCCAGAGAUUUCCCCCAAAUCCAACAGUAGGGUCCCCACUGCGGAGGUCCGCAGGCGGCGUCGGACCUCUUGGUUCAGGCGCGCCUGCCAAACCCGAGGCCCCGCAAUUUCGGGCGGACCGUUCGCCUCGAUAAUCCUCGGCCUUUUCGCUUCUUGCAUGCACCUGCUAAAUGGUUUUGUGUAUUAUAUUCCAUAUAGGCACUAACAAUUAUGAUACCUUUGGAGAGGUUUAUUUCAAAAAAAAAAAAAACAUUUGCUUUAAGUUGAAAAGACUUUUCAUCUCGGGUGGAGAGAUGGUGUUUGUUUUGUUUUGUUUUGUUUUUAAACAAAUAUCUGCUGUAUUUAUUGAGAUCUGUAUUAUCCUACCCGGGAAUGCUGCAUCAUUUUAAUUUUAUUAUUGUAGAUAUUUCCAUUGUGUCGAUUCUACCGUCUCAAAAUGCCUGCUGACUGUUUCUAAUUUUCUCCUUCCCCCGAAGCAACAAAACGCGGCGCGUAUGUUCUAUAUACACACACGGAGGCCUGUGCCCAUGGAGGCGCAGCCGGCGUUCGUGAACACACGCAUACACACAGAUACACAUUAGAUAAGAGUGGUCAAUUAGGAAUGAAUCUGAACUUUGCUUUUAUUCUUGCACGUCGAAAUUGAUUCAUUGACGGUUGGAAAUAAAUACUUGGAACAUGCUUAUUUAAUCAAC